CCACAGAUGAUAGUAUUUCUUUAUUGUCUUAACCAAGGUGUUACAAUUUGUGAGUGGGUUCACAUUAUACAUACAACUGAAAAUGUUAAAACUAUAAGUCGCUAAUAUUACGAGAAAUGUAAAAAAAAAGUAUUCAUUGGGGGUGUUAUAUAUCUACUACAAAUGCUUAAUAUACUGAGAGAAAAUAUAAACGUAUACGAAAAAAAUACAAAUAUGCAUCUAUAAUUGUCGGUUUUAUAGUAAGAAAACCAUGUCGCCCAUAAUCUAUAAUAUUCGUGUUCGGAUUCUAUCAAUACCACUAAUAUUGAUUUUGCUUAGGUUUCACCAGAUUUAAUCGUGUCGGAUUCGAACGAUUAACCAUGUUGGUGGAUACUUCCCAAUAUAAAUAGGUAGAUCUAUUAACCAUACUUUUGAAAUAUAAAGAAUUAACCAACCAUUAACUCCCUGCUGUCAAGAACCAGUUACUCCCAAUAACUCGAGUUGUUGGGAGAGAUUCAAUCGUAGAUCAUAUACCACAACACUAACACGCCCCCUCAAACGAAAGCCACUCACAAGGGCUUGAAGUUUGCACAGGUCUGAAGACAAGAAUACCAUGUGCUUAACAAAUGGGGGUCACCGGGAAUCGAACACAAGACCUCUCGGUCACAGAAGGCUCUGAUACCAUGUCAAGAACCAGUUACUCCCAAUAACUCGAGUUGUUGGGAGAGGUUCAAUCGUAGAUCAUAUACCACAACACUAACACCUGCUAACUGUUAUUUUAGUAAUGCUAAUUUGGCAACAUGAUGUUGAGUUAAAAGACACGUGACGAUUAACGUUUCAAAUUUUAAGUAUUUUAAUUAAGAAAAUAUGUAGAUUAAAUACACUUUAUUAGCCAAACAUUUCAAUAUUUUCAAAAUAUUAGCUGAACUUUUUAAAAUACAAAAUAUUAGUAAAAAAACCUGUAAUUACGUUACAAAGUUUUACUCAUAUUUGUUGUCGUCAACAAUAUUAUUAACUUAGCUUUCCAUCAGCAUCUACGUGGUCUCCAUAUCAGAUAUCAUUAAAAAUAUAUCAUAUUUAUUUUAUUAUUAGAAAUAAAAAAAUAGAAAAUAAACCGAAUUAACAUUUAAAUCGAACCAUAUCAGAACAAACCGAUCCGAUUUGCAAUAAUAAUCUGAUGGACAUGGACCGGACCGUUGCACUGCACACCUUGCCAAGUUGCCCCAUUACCAACUCUCCGCUCAUUUCUCAGCUCGUAGCGCAUCCACCUGGAAGCUGGACCAGUUCGUCGUCGGCGAUAAUUUCUGGCUACAGAAGUUCACACUUCUACUUCAUCAAUGGCGGCAAGAGUUCGAGCGUCGUCGAUAUUCGCAGCUACAGCAACUCUGGCAAUGAUCGCCGCUGCAUCCUUCAGCUGGCCGUCAGCCUCUGCCGCUUCUACGGCAUCUACUUUCGUCAAGGAGACCAUCAAAUCCCACCAGAUCGUCAUCUUCUCCAAAUCUUAUUGCCCAUAUUGUAGGAGGGCUAAAGCUGUUUUCAAAGAGUUGAACCAGACGCCAUAUGUGGUUGAGCUUGAUGAGAGAGAUGAUGGGCAAGACAUCCAGGCUGCAUUGGGUCAGCUCGUGGGGAAACGAACUGUACCUCAGGUUUUCAUCAACGGAAAGCACAUUGGCGGCUCUGAUGAUACUGUUGAAGCAUAUGAGAGUGGUGAACUGGCUAAGCUUCUGGGCAUUGACGUGGACGAGAAGGAGGAAAUGUGAACUAAUACUGCAUCCGGAGGGGUUAUGGGUAUCUGAAUCCAGCUUGGUACGUGCGAGCAAGGAUGUUCCUAUCUAUGAAUAGAGGCUGUUUGUUGCUCGACAUCCUGACUAAAUAGUUGCAACCAGAAGUGAGUUCUAGUCAGUGUUAGCUAUGAGAAUUGACUGUAGACUUCGUAAUGGAAAAACGAAUCAGGUACUGCUUGAAAGUUCGAUAGAGGAUCUUGAAUGACAUCCCUUUGACCGUUGUAUGAACCUAUGCAUGAUCUGAUUCACUUCCGUCAAUCAUCAAACAUUACCUGCAGAAAUUCGGACGCUGUUUAUCUUUAGU